CUGAACUCAUGACUCCAUCACAAACAACCAUGGCCACCACUGCGACCGUGACGCGCGACCCCGACCUCGUGUCCGCGCUCAAUGCGCGCAACGCGACGUUUGCGACGCUCCUCUCCUUCAUCCCGCAGCAGUACUACAUUGGGCCGAGCGAGGAGCAGCUCGACAGCCGCUGGAUGAAGAACAAGAAGCGCAAGACGGGCGAAGAGAUCAAGGAGCACAAGCGGCGGGCGAAGCAGGAGAAGCUCGACCCCUCGAACCUCACGGCGGCGGUGGACGACGUGCCCGAGGUCUCGGAAGCGGGUGAUGCGGCGCUCCCGCCCGCCAUUCCCGCGCCCCUUCCCCCUGCUGCGUCGAUCAGCGACCUGCGCGAGCGCAUGCGGGCCAAGCUCGACCGGUUUAAGCGGAGCCGCGGGUUCGACGACGAUCCGCAGUCGCGCGACGCGCUCGAGGCGGCCGCGAGGCAGCGGCGCGGAGACAUGCGGGACAAGCGGAGGAAGGAGCGCAAGGAGGCGAUCAAGCGGCAGCGCGAGGAUGUGCAUGCCAAGCCGGCCAAGACGCAACUUAUCGUGCCCGAGAUCCGCAAGCAGGUGGACGACGUGAUUCUUCCGUCCGUCGCUCUGCCGUCUGCCAAGUCGACAAAGGUGCCGCUGAAGAAGCUGGCGAACCCGUCCCAGGCGCUGGCGCACCUCGAAAAGCACAACAGCAAGUUGGCGCAGCUGCCGGAGGAGAAGCGCAAGGCGGCGCUGGAACGCGACCUCUGGGCCAAGGCUGAGGCGCGUGCGGCGGGCACAAAGAUUGCAGACGAGGAGAAGGUGCUCAAGAAGGCGGUCAAGCGCGAGGAGAAGCGCAAGGCUAAGAGCGGCAAGGCAUGGAACGAGCGCAAGGAGCAGCUCGCCAAGGCGGCAGCAGCCAAGGCAGCCAAGCGCAACGACAACCUUGCGAGCCGGGCCGAGGGGAAGCGUAACAAGCGUCUGGGGAUCAAGGACAAGAGCAAGGACAAGAAGGUGGGAGGUAGCAAGGGCAAGGGCACGCCUGGGUUCGGGGGCAAGAAGGGGGGCAAGGGCAAGGGCGACAAGAGCGGCAAGGAUAAGAAGGCGCGCGCGGGGGCCAAGGCAUAGAGAGCGAGCGAGAGAG